AUGAGUCCUUUUCUAGGGAGUCGAGAUAGUGUUGAAAGUCUCAGAAAAGACCUCAUCGACCUCCAGGGGGCCAUUCUGGAAGUGUUCUCCAGGACGGGACCUGUACGCUGUUCCUCCUGGAAGUUCCCUGACAAGCUGUCAUGCAACCUCGACCUGGUCUCGCUGCUGGAGCAGUAUGACCACAUUGAAGGGGAUGAUGAAUUCAACCAGUACUCCUACAUUGUAUUGCUGGAGCUGGUGAUUGACAGGCUAUUGCUGCUGCUGCAAAGUUUCAGUCUUUAUACGGUGCAGCUGAGGAGCGGACCAAGCAGUGAGCACAGUCAGAAGCAGGGAUGUGUGUCAGUCGGUCUGAUUGUCAGGCAUUAUUGGAGUAAUUUAAUUGAACUUGCUAACCUAAAGGAUGCAUUUAAAGAAAGCCAGGGAGCAACUAAAAUAAAUCCAAAGGACUGUGAAGAAAAAAAACACUCACUGUCUCUUUACUCCGGGAGUCAAUCUUCACGUGCAUCUUUAUUGUCUUCUUCAAGUUCCCUCCACUCCUUUGCAAAUAAUGAAGUCAACGCUGUCCCCACCCAUCCUAAUUUCCGUCCCUCACCUACGGUUCUCUGCACCCCCACCCGCAAGGUCAGCUGCCAGACGGUGGAGUCGUCUCUCGUCCCCUGUGACGCCUGCGAUCAGGUGCAGUGUGUGUUGAGGCAGACCGGGGACUGCCUGGUGGAGCUGUGUCAGAGCGAGGGCCUGCCCUCCUCCCUGCAGCCCCUCCUGGUCGCUGUGGAGGACACGGUGGAGCUUGGACACCUGAGCGCAGGUGACCUCGCCCAGUGGGCGCGGGAGCAGCGGAGGGAUAUGGGUCGGCUGGGGAAACACCUCAGGGAGGUGCGGGGGACAGUGCAGCCUCUCACCGAUAGGCUCACCGCCGCAGAGAAAGAGGGGGAAAAAGCCAAGGAUCGGUUGGAGAGAGCACAGGAGGGUGCGAAGAAGGAAAGGGAAAAGUACCUCGCCAGCAAACGCCAGAUGGAGCUUUUACUGCGGGAAGCGCAAAGGUCCGUGACAGAGAAAGAGAGGAGGCUGCAAGAGGAACAACAACGCCUGCUGAGGAGUAAUUCCAUUUUUGAAGACCAGAUAUCUAAAUUGAAAGAGGAAUUAGCUGCACAACUGGAAAGUUUGAAUACGCUGGAGAGGGAGAAAGGCGGUCUGGUGAAGAUGGUGAAGGCCUUGCGGACAGCAGAAGAGGCCCACCUCAAGCUGCAGGGAAGGACCCAGCUAUUGGAAAGUCAGAUGGCUGACAUGCAGCUCAGCCUCAACAAAGAGCGUUCCAAGUAUCAGAGCGCUUGCCAUCAACAAGUGUCCAUGCAGGCCCAGGAGAAGUCCUUGGUGGAGAGGAUGGAGACUCUAAACCAGGAGCGGGAGGAGCUGCAGAGCCAGCUGGAGAAGAGCGAGGCGCGGCAGAGCCAGCUCCAGGAUCAACUGAACCACGUGACAGAGGAGAAGAAGACACUGCUGGAUCAGUCCGCCCCCCAGCAGGUCUUGUGCACUGAGCUCCAGGGGGAGAAGGAUCUGCUGGAGGCUCAGGUGGAAGAGCUGAAAAGCAUCGUGGGGCGUCUGGACGGAGAAGUGAAGGAUCUCAGCCACAGGGAGAGACUGCUGGUGGCCUUUCCAGAACUCGCCACCAUGCACCUGACACAGCCUCAGAGCUCAGGGAAUGUGCUUUUCGACAUGGAGCAGCAAUUAGAGGCCAACCACAUCCGAAUCGAGCUCCUGGAAAAAGAAAAUACAACUUUGCGCAACAGCCUUGUGACACUAAAUGAAAGAUAUAUUUCUACUAUGGGCUCCUCACCUGAAGAACCUAAGUACAAAUCACCACAAACACCACCUUCGGGGGACCAUCGAGUAGAAACCAAACAGACACAGGGUUUCAGUUCGCCGCAGGGCGGCAGCAGAAGAGCAGCGCAGCUGAAACCCGACCCGCGAAGGGGGGCAGGUGGAGGAGAAGGUGGCCCAGAUUAUAUUGUCUGGGGGGACGAUUUCUCAUCUAUCGCCACCACUCGAGCCAGCCCCACCGCCUCCCGCUCCUCCCCUUCCUCCGCCCUGCUGCUGCUGAACGGGCACAUCCUCCAGAGCAAAACAGGAAGAGGACGAGGUUCCGGGAGAUUCAAAACAUUAGGUCAAACACGCCACGCCUACCUGGCGGACCGUGCUGCAGCAAACCGAGGGAAUAGGUGAAACCUGUCUGUGUGUAAAUAUUUAAUGUUACACCUCACUGCUACAUUAACAGAGCAUAACCAUUUUCAUGUCAUUGGGUUAUUAUACAUCAAUUCUAUUAUCAAUUAUAUCAAAUUUU